CAAGUAGGCACGGAUAACCACACUGGCUUUGCAGUCGCUGAUCGUAUUAUAUGGUUUAAGUCUGUUCUUUUCUUUAGUAACUUGUGCACUAGAUGAUGGGGUCGAAAAUCACCUUGGUUCGGAUAUGUGGGUUUUAUACGGUCAUGAUUUGGGUCCAUAUCGCAUAUGGAGACAUGAGCUAUUCUUUCUCGGAGGAAAUGAAACGUGGAUCGGUUAUUGGAAAUAUUGCCAAGGAUCUUGUGCUAAAGACAGGCGCGCUGUCGACCAGAAGAGCCCGGAUUGACAUCGACGGGACGGAUAAACGUUACUGUGAUAUAAACGUGAACACCGGUGAGCUGAUUGUGGCCGACAGGAUUGACCGUGAGGGACUUUGUGGCGAAAGAGCUUCGUGUAUCCUAAAACAAGAGCUUGUACUGGAGAAUCCUCUUGAGCUUCAUCGCAUCAGCCUUCACAUUCAAGAUAUUAAUGACAACUCCCCAAAGUUCAAAGAAGAAAUAAUAAAUUUAGAAAUUCACGAGUUGGCAGACAGGGGAGCUCGUUUUGCCAUAGAGGAGGCGCACGAUGCGGAUGUAGGACAAAAUUCAGUUCAGCAGUACAGCCUUGAGAAAAACGAUAAUUUCAUUUUGGCUGCAAAUAAAAACACAUUAGAAAUUGUUCUUGACAAAGAGCUUGAUCGUGAAAAACAAAAGGAAAUUAAUUUGCUGCUUACGGCACUAGAUGGUGGAUCUCCUCAGAGAUCAGGUACAGUAGUCAUACACGUCACUGUGUUGGAUGCUAAUGAUAAUGUACCCGUGUUUAGCCAGGGCAUUUAUGAAGCCAGUCUGUCUGAAAACUCUCCUUUUAAUACUGUAGUUGUCACAGUGAGUGCAAGCGAUGCGGAUGAGGGAAUCAAUGGAGAUGUGACUUAUGAAUUUGGACAUGUAUCUGAAGAAGUGAUUCAGUUAUUCAGCAUUGACAGUAAAUUAGGAGAGAUUAAAGUAAUUGGUGCUGUUGAUUAUGAAACAACAAAAUUAUUCGAAAUACGUGUGAAAGCAAAGGAUGGUUUGGGGCUUUCAUCGUAUGCUAAGGCUAUAAUUUCUAUUACUGAUGUCAAUGACAACGCCCCUAUUGUCAGUCUGAAAUCCCUGACCAGUCUCGUACCAGAAAACAUCUCACCUGGUACAGAGGUGGGCAUCAUUAAUGUGCAGGACAGAGACUCUGAAAACAACCGACAGGUUCGCUGCUUCAUUCAGCAAAAUGUUCCCUUUAAAUUGGUUCCUUCUAUUAAAAACUAUUAUUCUCUGGUGACCACAGGACAACUGGACCGUGAACUAGUGUCUGAUUACAAUAUUACAAUCACUGCCACUGACGAGGGCUCUCCACCUCUGUCCUCCUCUAAAACUGUUCAGUUAUCUGUAGCUGACAUCAACGACAACCCACCUGUGUUUGAGGAACAGUCCUACAGCGCAUAUGUGACAGAAAAUAAUAAACCUGGCUCCACUUUAUGUUCCGUUACUGCUCGAGACCCUGACUGGAGACAGAACGGUACAUUAAUUUAUUCUCUGCUACCUGGUGAGGUGAAUGGUUCUCCGGUGUCCUCUUAUCUGUCUGUUAAUGGAGACACGGGGGUGAUUCACGCUGUGAAGUCGUUUGAUUAUGAACAGUUCAGGAGUUUUAAAGUCCAGGUGAUGGCCAGAGACAACGGUUCUCCUCCUCUCAGCAGCAACGUGACCGUCAAUGUGUUCAUAUCUGAUGUGAAUGACAACUCUCCUCAGAUAUUGUACCCCACCCCGGAGGGCAGCUCCUUCAUGACCGAGCUGGUCCCCAAAGCUGCACACGGAGGCUCUCUGGUGUCCAAAGUGAUAGCAGUGGACGCAGACUCCGGGCAGAGCGCAUGGCUGUCCUAUCACAUAGUAAAAUCCACUGAUCCUGGACUUUUCAGUAUUGGUCUCCACAGCGGAGAGAUCAGGACACAGCGGGACAUUUCAGAAUCUGACAACAUGAAACAGAACCUUAUUGUGGCAGUUAAAGAUAACGGACAGCCCUCUCUGUCUGCCACCUGUUCCAUGUAUUUACUUAUUUCUGAUAACUUGGCUGAGGUGCCAGAACUGAAGGAUAUUUUUCAUGAUGAGACGAGCUCCAAGUUAACAUCUUACUUGAUAAUCGCUCUAGUGUCUGUGUCCACGUUUUUUCUGACCUUCAUCAUCAUCAUCCUGGGUGUGAGGUUUUGUCGCAGGAGAAAACCCAGACUGUUGUUUGAUGGAGCAGUUGCCAUUCCCAGCGCGUAUCUUCCUCCUAAUUACGCAGAUGUUGACGGCACAGGAACUUUACGCAGCACUUACAAUUAUGACGCCUACCUGACAACAGGAUCUAGAACCAGUGACUUUAAGUUUGUUUCAUCUUACAAUGACAACACGCUGCCUGCUGACCAGACCCUGAAGAAAAGUCCAACAGACUUUGCUGAUGCGUUUGGACAACUGGAAGCAUGUACAGAGGUAUGA